AUGGAUCCCUCAGAUCACUCUUCAAACUUCAACUCGGCUCAGAUGGCAACUGACCAGCGAGAGGGGUCAGAUACUCUCUCGGGACAAACGGUUCCCUCAGCUUCGGUUGCUAGUUACCAAACCAACUUGUCUCCACAUUACAAUCCCUGUAACGUGGAUAACUGGUCGAGAUACAUCUCCCAGCCAUUCUACAUGCACUCAGGUCUGCCUUCUCAUUACUACCCUCAAAUCAUGGGUGCCGAGUCGUACAACAUGGGCCUGUCUCAUCAACCUCUGGGUGCCAGUCCACAUUCUUACAUCAAUCACCAAGACACCCCAUUCCACAUCCGUGCUGCCAUGGACUCCCCAGAUUUGGGCCCUGGGGGAGAGGUCAAGUCGGAAUAUCUCCAUGACGAUAACUCCGACUGGAGAGCCUUUGGAUCUUCGUCUCAUAAAGAAGAGCUUUAUUACCAUCCACCUAACACGCUUCAUUCCAUUCCACACGCUCCGCCCUCCCCACCAUCGACGGCUUCAUCUUACGCUUCCCCGGACUCUGGUCCCGCCCCUAGUCCAGCAAGAACCACUCAAGGCCUGAUCAGUGGAGAUCCUAAAGAGGAACGCAACGCCAACUUGCCUUAUUCUAUUCUUAUCUACCGAGCCUUGAAGAGUGCUGAAUGCAACAAGCUCACAUUGCAAAACAUCUAUCGUUGGUUUGAAGAAAACACCGACAAAGCGAAGGAUCCAAACCACAAAGGCUGGCAGAACAGUAUUCGACACAACCUCUCGAUGAAUGCUGGAUUCGAGGCCGUGAAGGAGGACGUGUGCCCCGGGAAAAAGCCCAUCAAUUUCUGGCGUCUUACACCAGAAGCCAUCCAAGAAGGCGGAAUCCAAUCAACAACAAGAUAUCGAAAAGGCUCGACGAAGGGAACGGGCCGUGGUUCACAGCGUGAGCCCACAGAACCCAAUGAACACCCUUCCAAAAAGAUCAUGAUGGGAAAUGCAAGUAAUCACGCGAACUCCCGUGUCGAGAUCUACGGUCAGGACUAUGUCUCUUCGGAGCUACCACCAAUGGGCUACAUGCCUCAGUCCUUUGCAUCAAAUCAUCCCACCGUCAACCACCUCGUGCCACGAUUCAGCAUGGGUCCUGUCACCGGCUGUACCGCCCAAUUCCCUGGAAACAAUAGUGUCUUCAUCGAGGGCCCCGAAAUGGGGCCAGAUUACGGGUCAACCUAUGCCAUUGGUCAAGGAUGA